AGAGAGGUGAGUGCGCUGCAGGUGGGCAUCGGGUGCAGGGCAGUAGGCGACGCUACCGUCGUAGGUGUCCGCCGGGUCUCGCACCUGGCCACGAAGUUGUGCUGCCCGCCCAAGUGCCGCAGCUUCUCCAAGCCCCGGCCAGCUGGGGCGCGGAGCCGGAGCGGGGCGCCCUCGGAGGCCGGAGCGGCUGGGCCUGCCGAGCCUCGGUCUACCUUGCUCGCAAGCAGGAGGCUUUCGCUAACUCUCACCCCCCGGCGUCGCCGUGGCCCGCCUAGGCCCACCCUAUAGCUCCUGGCAAGAUGCUCCAGGUUGGUCUAAGCAAGAUGCGGGAGAGUUGGUGCGGGCAACCUGUAUGACAACUGGAACUUCUCCUAGUGGUUCCUGGCAGCCUGUUAGGUCGUAUUGCGCAUUUCCUCUGAGACCUUGUGUGCUUAUCGCUGAAAUAGAAGCAGUAUUUUCCCCAGUUUCCUUUUAGAACGUUAUGACUUUUCUCCUUUGCAAGGCAGUUCAGGAAACUGGCGGAAAGACAAACUCUUUCCACUCCCAGGAAUUGUGUUGUCUUCAGGAGUUUGGGGUCAGGGCUAGCGAAUGAGAAGGCCCUGUCUGCAUCCUGUCCUCCCAGCAUCCUCAGAGGAGCUUCAUUUCUAGCAUCCUUCUAGCAUUUUCCAGGGCCAUGAUCCCCAAGGCUUGAGCUGUUUACAAAGAAAGAGAAGCUGUCUCCCGAGCCCCAAAAUGGCAGCUAAGAUGGAGAUAACUUUGAGCUCGCAGUCCCACAUUCAGGCUUCCUCCAAGCAAGAGAGACACAUAAUAACAAAGCUAGAAGAGAAACGGGGACCUGCUCUGCAGAAAGACUCCCCUGAUCCUGAGCUGUCACGCCAGACCUUUAGACGGUUUUGUUAUCAAGAAGUGUCUGGACCCCAAGAGGCACUCUCCCGGCUCCGACAGCUCUGCCGUCAGUGGCUGCAGCCCGAGGUGCACACCAAGGAGCAGAUUUUGGAGCUACUGGUGCUGGAGCAGUUUCUGAACAUCCUGCCGCCGGAGAUCCAGGCUCGGGUCAGGCAUCGAUGUCCAAUGAGCAGCAAGGAGAUGGUGACCUUGGUGGAAGAUUUUCACAGAGCAGCCAAGAGACCAAAGCAGUGGGUGGCCGUUUGUAUGCAGGGCCAGAAGAUACUCUUGGAAAAAACUGGAUCUCAACUUGGAGAACAGGAACUGCCAGACUUUCAACUGCAAACUCCUCGGAGGUAUCCCAGGGAGAGCUCUCUGGAGGAGCCUUCCCAGGCAGGAUCUCAGGAGCCCCUGAGCCCCGAUCACUGGGAAAAAUCCCCACUCCUCCAGGAACCAACCCCCAAAUUGGCUGGAACAGAGGCCCCCAGAAUGAAAAGUGACAACAAGGAAAAUCCGCAACAGGAGGGGGCUAAAGGAGCAAAGCCAUGUGCAUUGUCAGCUGGCAGAUCCAAAGGGAAUGGUCUACAGAGUCCUGAACCGAGAGGGGCGAAUAUGAGUGAAUCCCGCUUGUCACGGAGGCAGGUCAGCCCCCCAAAUGCUCAAAAGCCAUUUGCUCACUACCAGAGACAUUGCAGGGAACUGGAAUACAUCAGUAGCCCCCUAAAGAGCCACACGCUGAGAGAGCUGAGGAAAGGCAAAGGAAGUAAAAGAAGCCUGAGUAGUCACGUGCAGCGCCUUGGCCACCAGCUGACCCGCUCAGUAAGGAAACCUUACAAAUGUGAUGACUGUGGGAAAAGCUUCACAUGGAAUUCAGAGCUGAAAAGACACAAGCGAGUCCACACUGGAGAGAGACCCUACACGUGCGGAGAAUGUGGAAACUGCUUUGGGCGGCAGUCAACCCUGAAACUGCACCAGAGGAUCCACACCGGAGAGAAGCCAUACCAGUGCGGCCAGUGUGGGAAAAGCUUUCGCCAGAGCUCAAACCUUCACCAGCAUCACAGACUCCACCAUGGGGACUGAAAGCAGGGCUUCAUGCUUUCUGUUGAGAAGGAAGGCAUUUGUAUUUCUCUUCCCCUACUUGCAUGUAAAUCACAAACACUGCGUGACUUACAAGGAAAGCAAGAGGUCCCUGAGGAAUGAUGGUGCACAUUUGGCUCGUGAGGUGUCCCAGAAGAAGCUGACUCGGGACAUGACCAUACACAGUGAUAGGGCGAAGAGAUCCAGGUCUGGGUGUUGGGUCAAAGAGAACCAGAGUCUCAGAUGGAGAGCGGGGAGGAACUACUGAGGGAGAAUCAGGAUGAUUCUGCAGGUGCCCCCCUUGAUGUUAAAUCUUCUCUCUGCUGCUUUAUUUAUCCUCUAAAUAUGUUCAAGGGUAAAUUCUACAGUUAUGCAUUUGCUGUCAUACUAGACAAUCUUUAUCACAUGCACACUUCUUUAAUAAAGAUGAGUGAUCCACAAGAAUUUCAGGGCAGAUUUCGUUGGAAUAUAAAUCCCCUGAUAUUCUUCCCAUGAUUCCUGGCUGUUCCUAACAAAGGAUACAUGAAGUGAGAGUAUGAACAUGUUUGUGUGAGGAGAGGGUUUCCAAGUAAUUAGUGCUUUUAUCAAAAUAAACAAACAAACACACAUAUAUUGAGGGGUCUUUUUUGUAUCAAAGCAGCUUUGAUUUAGGAAAAGAAAAUGUACACAGCUGCUCCCAAGCAAUAGGGAAAAGCUACAAGAAGCAAGGAGUGGAUAUAGACUCCUAAGAUGUCAAAGGGAAUCUUUACUCUCUGCUUUCUCCCUUAGGCCAGUAGCUUUAAGAAUAACAAAAUGGAGUGAUGAAAAUGUUCUAAAACUGGAUUAUUUCAGUACAUUUACUAAAACCAUUGAAAUGUGUUAAUUUUAUGAUAUGUAAAUUAUACCUCAAUAAAGUUUCUAAAAAUGACAAAA